UAUCCUGUUACAAGAACUCUCUUAAACAAUUUGAAGUCUAUUGCCCCCCAUCUGUUAGAUGAAAUGUACGCCCAUGCGCAUUUAAUAGAGCAUUCUGCCAAUCAUUGCGUCACUGGUUCAUCGGUCAAGCUUUUAUUUUGAAGGUGCAAACAGGAACUCGUCGUGUCUCCCAGCCGGUGUGUGGUGACGGCAGCACCGUGCAGAUACUUCCCAGACAGCCAGCGGCGGAGAGCUACCAGUCCGAGUUGGCUGAUCAGAGGCAGCGCAACACAGAGACAGCCGUCGGCGCUGGAGCCGAGCGAGCAGCCGCGUUCACUGCGUCCGGUCCGCUGAACUUCACACUGCCACACUGCCCAGUUGAUGCGCGACACCAUGAACGCCUUGUGGACGUUUGGACACUUUGGACACCAGCGCGCAGUGGAAACCUAGGAUUUAGCGGAGAAGAAGUUGUCUUUCGCAGUGCACGAGCCAAGGACUCUCGCUGUCAAGUCGUGAGAGGGAUUUCUUAUUCUUUUAUUUCUCCACUGUCGCCAAACUGCUGCCCGAUGCGCGAGGACUUACGGAUUUUAACGUUGUUUUGUGGGUUUUUAUGAAGUUUAAGGGAGAAUAACUGCUGUGUUUUUUAUAAAUGAAUGCUUGGUGACAUCUGAAAGACUGAGAUCUGCUGUCACAACGGGAUACUUUGGGUCAGUGUCGCAGAGUCGUUGGAUAGUUUCUUGCGGCGUCAUAGGCCGCCGUUCUGCAGGACAGCAUGCUAACGGAGGAUGUCGUCUGAGUCGGGCCUCGCUGCUCUGCGUCUCACCUCGUCGUCCGGAGGGAUGACGGCUCUGUGGUGCUCACUCUGGCUCUCCUUCCUCCUGCCUCUCUGCGUCACUCCGGCUAGGCUGCCCACCGCUCAGCCCACAGACUCUGUGUCCAGCGAGACAGCCUUCCUGGAGGACUAUGUUCUGGGGAUGGGGGAAACGCUGGAAAUGCCUUGCGACCUGGAAGACCACUCAGAGCCUGUUGUCUGGUUCAAAGACGGCACCGGGCUGGUGCCUAGCAACAGGACGCGGCUGGGCCAGAGGAUGUUGAGAAUCAUCAACGUGUCGUACGAAGACUCGGGCGUCUACUCUUGCCGUCUCGCCCACAGCAACACGUUGCUCAGCAACUACACCCUCCGGGUGACAGAUUCUCUGUCAUCUGGUGAUGAUGAAGAUUAUGACGAAGAUCCAGAAGAUGCAGGUAAUGGAAAUGAAGUUCCAUAUUGGACCAGGCCAGACCGGAUGGACAAAAAGCUCCUGGCGGUUCCAGCCGCCAACACCGUCAAGUUCCGCUGUGCCGCGUCCGGAAACCCGAUGCCGACCAUCCACUGGCUGAAGAACGGCAAAGAGUUCAAGGGAGAGCAGAGGAUGGGAGGAAUCAAGUUGAGACACCAACAGUGGAGUCUGGUGAUGGAGAGCGCCGUGCCGUCAGACCGGGGAAACUACACCUGUGUGGUGCAGAACAAGUACGGCUCCAUCACCCACACCUACCAGCUGGAUGUGCUAGAGCGUUCCCCCCACAGGCCCAUCCUCCAGGCAGGCCUGCCAGCCAAUCAGACGGUCGUAGUGGGCAGUGACGUGGAGUUCCACUGUAAGGUGUACAGCGACGCCCAGCCACACAUCCAGUGGCUGAAACACAUCGAGGUCAACGGCAGCCGCUACGGCCCCGACGGCGUUCCCUACGUCAACAUUCUGAAGAGUGUUGUCAGUAAACACACUGAGGCCCACAGUAAGUUGAAACUGUCCAACGUGACAGAGAAAAACGCUGGGAAGUACUGGUGUCGCGCCUCCAACUUUGUAGGCAAGUCAGAAAACGCUUUCUGGCUUAAGAUACACAAACCAGCAGUGAGCCCAGAGAAGGAGGACUACUACGCCGACAUCCUCAUCUACGUGACGGGUUGCGUGCUCUUCAUCCUCGCCGUGGUCAUCGUCGUCCUUUGCCGCAUGCGGAUGACGACGCAGAAGACGCUGCCCACGCCGCCCGUGCAGAAACUGUCGAAGUUCCCCCUCAAGAGACAGGUAACAGUGUCCUUGGAUUCCAACUCCUCCAUGAACUCCAACACCCCGUUGGUCCGGAUCGCCCGCCUGUCGUCCAGCGACGGGCCCAUGCUGGCCAACGUCUCGGAGCUGGAGCUGCCUUCCGACCCCAAAUGGGAGUUUCCUCGAACACGGCUGACUCUGGGUAAACCUCUGGGCGAGGGCUGCUUCGGCCAGGUGGUGAUGGCCGAGGCCAUCGGCAUCGACAAGGAGAAGCCCAACAAGCCGCUCGACGUCGCUGUGAAAAUGCUGAAAGACGAUGCCACGGAUAAAGAUUUGUCAGACCUGGUGUCGGAGAUGGAGAUGAUGAAGAUGAUUGGAAAACACAAAAACAUUAUCAACCUGCUCGGAGCGUGCACACAGGACGGUCCUCUGUACGUCCUGGUGGAAUACGCCUCUAAAGGCAACCUGAGGGAGUACCUGCGGGCGCGGCGCCCACCGGGCAUGGACUACUCUUUCGAUACCUGUAAAAUCCCCGACGAGCAGCUCACCUUCAAAGACCUGGUGUCCUGUGCCUACCAGGUGGCCCGGGGCAUGGAGUACCUCGCCUCGCAGAAGUGUAUCCAUAGAGACUUGGCAGCCAGAAACGUCCUUGUGACAGAGGACAACAUCAUGAAGAUCGCCGAUUUCGGCCUCGCCAGAGAUGUGCACAAUAUAGACUACUACAAAAAGACCACCAACGGCCGUCUGCCCGUGAAAUGGAUGGCUCCCGAAGCUCUGUUUGACCGGGUCUACACGCACCAGAGCGAUGUGUGGUCCUAUGGGGUGCUGUUGUGGGAGAUCUUCACCCUGGGAGGCUCGCCGUACCCAGGAAUCCCAGUAGAAGAGCUCUUUAAGCUGCUGAAGGAGGGACAUCGGAUGGACAAACCUGCCAACUGCACCCAUGAACUGUACAUGAUCAUGAGGGAGUGCUGGCACGCCGUGCCAUCCCAGAGACCCACCUUCAGACAGCUGGUGGAAGACCACGACCGGGUUUUAUCCAUGACCUCCACCGAUGAGUACCUGGACCUGGCGGUGCCCUUCGAGCAGUACUCGCCCACCUGUCAGGACUCCAACAGCACGUGCUCGUCCGGAGACGACUCGGUGUUCGCCCACGACCCGCUGCCUGACGAGCCUUGUCUUCCCAAACAGCUUCCCAGUAACGGGGUGAUCAGGACAUAAAAAACCCCGCAGCGGGGCAAGGGGAGGAGGCGGGAGUUGGACUUUAACUUCCUCUCACAGGUCGCCAUGAACAAAACACCUCUCAGUGACUCCUCGACAUUAUGGAAAUGAAAAACUCAGCAUGCAAUACUUCCACAGCGCUUCAGCUCUUCCAUUCGUCUUAAAACUCUCGCUCGAAAUCCCCCCAAUCCUUUGACUUGAGUUUUUUUUUUCUUCCUCCUGCAUCCUCCUCCCUCCCAGAAGACUCUUGAAACAUUGAAGGAUUAUUUUUUUGCCGUUGGAACCGUGUUUGUGUUUCUUCUUUUCAGAAAUGAAAUUUAUAUUUUUGUACUCGGGCCAGUCUUUUGUUACGGACAAUCUGUAAGGGGGGGGGGGGGGGGGGUAAACCAUUCCGUGCCUACUGGUGUAAGAAACCCCUCCUAAAGAGGAGGGAAUGAAGGGCAUUGGUCAGUGACUGCUUGGCGAUCCAGUAGGCGAGGACCUCGGAUUUUCAUCCCCUCGUCUGCACGGAAGCCCUUAGAUCGUCGUAAACGUCUGCGAUCUAAAGCGAAAUCCGUUGACGAUAUACCAGCAAAAGCCAGAAUCUACUCGAUGAUGGGACUCGUUCUUCCGAAGACACUCAAUAACUUUUUGUCUUUUACAGAAGACGCUCAACCACAGAGUGUUUCGUGAGCAUUUAAAUGUGUUUUCUCUCCAACAUCACAUUUUAGUAUCCCGAAAAAAAAAAGAAAAAAAAAAAAGGUUUUGUGAUAAUCAUGGAACAAAUUCCUCAUCAAGCGUGAGUCAAGGUUUCAGGGCAAUUCAGUAAUUAGGACAAUAAGGUUCUGAGUUUUUAUGUAUCUAGAAAAGGAUUUAUUGUAAAUAUAUAAAUGCAAAUAUGUAUCAUAUUGCUGUUCACAGCCAUGUACUUAAAAGACAAACAAUUACAUUUUUUAAAGUAAUGUUUUAGGAUGGAAGCAUUGCAAUCUAGAGGACACUGUCAUGAAAGUGCAAAACAUUGAAUCACUUAAAGUGAUACAGAAAAGGUUUAUUUGAAUAAUUAACGUGUAUAUUUGUAAAGAUAUUUAUAGACUUAACAUGUGGGUUCUUAAGGUCAAAAAGUCUAGUUUAGGAUUUUAGUACUGUACGCAAAGAUUUUUAUUUCAAAUUUUUUUUGUAACUUAUUUUACAACAGAACUGCGACGUUAUUUUCCACAAACUCCUCAGAUUUUUUGAUCCAUCUUUUUUUUCUCAUUCUUUUUUUUUUUUUUUUUUUUUUUUUUUACAGUUUUAAAAAAAAUAAUAAGAAUGUAUGACAGACGCAAAGAUGUAUUUUGAGAGCGAGUGUGAUAGGACCGCCAGAGGGGGGGACUCGUGAACUGAAGGCUCCCGCCAAAGGGAAGCCGCACGUCGCCGCCAGAGUUCAAAUUCUGGUUUUGAAAACAAAGUUGACGUUUGCAAUAUCGAAGCAACCGAUUAACUCUUGCUGGGCAAGAAGAUAGCAAGCGCUUGGAGAUACUGUAUGUACGGAGAGGCCUUUAAGUACGCCUGAAGUACUUAAAGAAGUGUUGAACAUCAGUGGCGCCGGCGGGAUUGUAUUUCAUAGUACGCACAAAAACCGCGGUUUACUGCGCCAGAAAUCAGCUGUUCUUAUAAUAUUUCAUGUGUAUGAGAGUGUGCUCCUAGCGUACUUUUAUCAUAUCAUGAUGACCAGAUCAUGAAAACAUUUUACUGAAGCGUUAACAUUUCUCUGUGUGCCAUGUAAACAUCAUAUCCCAAAUAUGAUCAAAAACAGGAUAGGUCUCAUAACCGCAAUAUUCAUGUCUAUGUUAACACACAUGAUUCCAACAACACGCUAGCUCCGUCUGUGGGUUUAGCGAUACUCAGCGUCCAGCAAGCCUUUAUCCACGUUAGUGGAUGAAAUCAUGUAUAAUUAAUUACAAAAUAAUGACAACAGGAACAAAGCAGAGAGCGGAAUAGAGCUGCUGUCGUCGGCUGCUGCUCCUGUGCACAUUUACGCAUUGUUAUCAUUGGACGCGUUGCUUGUCUGUGCACCCAGUGCGUACAGGACUACGGCUGCCGGCGCCACUGCUGAACAUCAACAACUAGCUGUGAGUCAUAAAGAGCCUUCAGAGAAACCUCAGCAGCCUGUCGAAGGGGAGAAAAAAACAACCUCCUACUGAUACGGUUUCACUGCUCAGUGUGUUAUGAGUAAUAAAAUUCCAGGAUGGACACAACUUUAGUGAUAACUACAUUUCCCAGAAUGCUUUUCGGCAGUUGUCAGAGAACGUGCUCCAACUUGCAGCAUUCAGAAAAGAAUGUGACAACACGCGAGUGUUAGCGAGCGAUCUUUCAAGAGAAAAAGUUUACUUUUUCUCCUCGAACUUACUUUAGCUGCAAUGCAUUCUGGGGGUUUUGAGUCCAGUAAAAGUGCAGAACCUGUUCUCCAUUCCGCUUUAACCAUCACGCAUGAUUGUUAAACGUCAAUGGCUUUACCUUUUUAACAAGAAUAAAUGAAACGACAAAAAGGAUGGUGGAGGUGGUUUUUUUUAGGUGGAUAGUUUCCUUUAAAGGUCACUCUGAAGGCUUCCAACUCUUAUAUGUAACAGAAAGGUCACAGGGUCGAUGCUAACAAGCUGCAUGCGGUGUCAGAGUGCCCUUGAGCAAGACACUCGGCACUCAUUGAUAAAAACAUCAGCUUUAAGGCAGAAAGGUAAAGCUGUCAUGUCCUUUUGCGCUCGAGCUGCCCAGACGCUUGAGAUUUUAUCGCUGCUCUAUAGUAUUAAUACUGAAAUGAAGGCAUGCUGUGCGACUUACAAAUCACGCAGCGAAAAAUAAACAUAUAAACAGUAUAAAUAUAUAUAUAUAUAUAUAUAUAUAUACAUCUCGGUUUGUUAAAGAAAACUCCGAAGUCUGUGGUGGAUCCUUAGCUUAAUUUGCGAGGGGGGGGGGGGGGGGGAUAAAUGUGCCAAAUUAGUCUUAAACGUCAAUGGCUGCCUCCGAAAUUCCAUUCUAACAUGCUAUUUAGUAGGCUAAAACAUUAUGUAAACAUAUUUUAGUAUGUCCGAAACCUUAUUAUGAAACCUAUAGUGCGCAAAUUGCAUACUAUUUCGCAAGCUCUGUAACCUCAAUAACACUAUAAUUUUAAACAACUGUUGGUCCAGGUAUCCACCUAUCUUUCAGUGAUUUAAACAUUGUCUGGCGAUGCCAUGGUUACGUGUCUCUUAACAGCAAGGAGGCUCUCAGGAAGUGACGUUGAAAAUUACAGCAUAGUGCGUGCGAAAAGAUACACGCUACUUUUUUAUUUACACAAAAGUAUGUCGAUUGAUAGUAUACGUAUUGACUAUGUAGUGCAGAGUGUGCGAUUUCGGACGCAACCUAUUUCACCUUGUUCUCCAGAUCUCUGAACCAAACGCUGCACUGUUGAAUGUAGAGGCGGGCUGAGGUUACAUGUGCAGGGAAGGAUCAUGGGAUUGCCAAAUGGAUAUCUCCCCUUUUUUUUUUUUUUAAUGCAGUCGUCUUUCCAGCUGACCCCGAGAAAGCGCUGGGGUUGAAAUGUUUACACAGUCUGCUUUUAGCAAAGUCACAGAAGGGGAAAGCGACGUUCAAGCAGAAUUGAAGGGUUUAGAAACACGAUUCACACGCUGCUAAAUGGAAACGGGGGUAACCCUUUGCUGUGCAAUGGUCUUAUUCCAGUGUGUGAACUGCAUUUAUGUAGGGACAUGUAUUAUCACCCAACAAGACUGUCAGUAAUUAAUGAAUCCCCCCCGCCCCAAUAUUUAAAGUACUUAAACGAGUGAAAAUCUGUAUUUAAUUAUAUUGCUACACUGGGAGACUGUUUAUGUUCUUUAGCACCAAAUUAUGUAUUUUUUUCAUUGGUUUAUGCACAGAAACAAGGCCUUUGUAAAGUGGAAGGUUACACCCAGUUAUUGGUAUUUCUGUUUUCAGUACAGUUUUUUCCAGUUUUGGCCCAGAAUCUUUAAAGUGCCUGGUGUUAUUUAGCAAACAAAAAAGGAGAUUAAUCGAUUCAUAUUGAUCAUGUUUUGAAUGUAUAAUGGCAAAAAUAUAUAAAAAAUUAAAAAAAAAAAAGCAGUUGUCCCUAGAAGCAGGCUAUGUAAGUAUUAGCCUCUUUUUUUUUUGGAGUGAACAAGACAGACAAAAAGGCACUUGUGUAAAGGUGGGACGGAUCUAAUGAAACGCUGUUUGGUUUUAUUUAUUCUUCCAUGCUGGGUAAAAGCUUUCCCUAUGGUGAGAGUAUAUUUUAUUAAUAGCUAUCCUCUUUUCAGUGUUGUUUUUCUUCAUUAAAGAGCCAGAAGAUGAUGAAGAUGAUGUAGAGUAGUUAUUUUACUAGAUACUGAUUCCACCCCCCCUCCCCCCCCACCCCACCCCCCCAUCAGGCUUUGCUCCUUUAUCCUUUAUUUUAUUUGUAUUUGGAUGCAAAUACAAGCCUCCCUGGCUUUUUUCUGCAUCCCCGUCGAGCUUUUUACUCGAUUCCGACGGCCUCUGUCUCUCUGUUAGAGCAUGUGUUGUUUUUAACAUGUGUGUUGUUUAUGGCGACAAAAGUAAAGCAUUAUUCCAUGUUCCGAAACUUCUGGAUUCUGUUUUUUCCAAAAGGAGAAAAAUCCUCUUUUGAAACUAAGUAUUAGACCGAUCUGUUUGCUGAUACAUUUCGUUGCUGUCGUGGGGAAAGUUGUAUCUCCAAAAUUGUAACUUUUCACAUGCUAAGAAACACAGGCCUGUUUCCAGCUUUCUGACAUUUAUUUUUACAUAACCCCAUAGUGUUUUAAAAUCAAACUGAAAUUUAAAUUUCCAUAUUGUUUGUGUCUAAUCUAAAGCAGAGGUUUUGGGUGCGUGAGACUUUAUAGUUGUCUGUACAACUAUAGCUACAUUGCAAACAACAACUGUUACCAGCUAAUUUAGCAUUCUUUUUAUAGUGUGAAUUUGCCAUAAUGUAAAAGAAAUAACAAUAAGUAAUAAUUUUUUACCCUAGCAACGGUUGCCUUGGCAUUUGAGGGCUGCCAUUUCUAAGAGACGGACUGCAAAACCGCUAGCGACCGGCCCACAUAGCGUUGGUUUUAUACUGUACCAUUGAUUCAGGACAUCUGUCCCUUUACAACAUUAAACAUUUGGCUGUUAAGGUUGUUUUUUUCCACUCACAAAACGGAAGCUUGCAUGCUAGGCUAACUAGCCUCCACUGAGAAAGUGCAAGCUAAUUAGACUAGCUUGCAAACAUUAGCAGUGAGUCCCCACUAGACGUUAGGCCUCCUUUUGGUUCAUGUUAUAUCGACACCUCACCAAAAUCGGACAUAAAUACACUGGUUUUACUGGACAGCAAUGACACAGCAUACAGUUUUAUUCUAGAAGUUCUAAAAAGUUAUAUAUUAAUUGUUCCUUUUGACUUUAAUGCUGUGAAAACAAAUCUUUCAGAAGCUUUUUCAUCAUGACCAGAAAAACUAAAUCCUUGGGGACAUAGGCGUAGAUUUCAGGGGUGUGCAGGGGAUAUGUCCCCUCCCCCCAAUAUUUGGAAGAGGUAUUUCUCCACCCCCCCUCAAAAAAUAUGAAAGACAACCCACCCCCAAAAUCUCCAAAAGUUGAAUCCGUCUCAACUUUAUUAAAAUAUUGAAGGAAAAACAAAACCCAAAAUGACUAUUUGAAUCCCAAAAUUGAAAAUCGAAUACCUACCGAACAAACGAAUGUUCCAAUAGUCAGAUAAUCAGAUCCAGUAGUCAGAUAAUCAGCUCCAGUCUUACUUCUUACCAGUUAAUCUAUCUUUUCCAACUAUUUCAGACACGGGAAUUGAGGGGUGUGAUGCUCAAAAAGGACCCUCAGUCCCCCCCUGUUAUAAUGUGCCCCCUCCCCUUGGGGAAACUCUCAAUACUCAUUUUAAAUGGAACAGUAUUUGUAUCAGCAAAAAUCAGCUCUAAUGCAGAAAUAUCAGUAUUUUUCUUGAAAACCUGAGACAGAUCAACGGACAGAUGUUAAAAACAGCAAAUGUUUCUUAAGAGUGAAGAUGUUUUCUUUGCUAUUGAAUGAAUAAACAGCACGGCCUCCGCAGGGAGGGGCUCUUACUGUAUGUACAGUCACAUCGGCCUUUAACAACCCCCACCCCCACCCCCCCCACCCCGUCGUCUUUACUCUGACUGAAUUAUUUAUUCUCUUUUCUGCUCAACAAAAAGAAAAAUCAGGAUUGAAGAUGAAACCUUUCCUUCCAGAGAUAUCAAAACUAUACAUAUUCCAUAUGUUUUGGUUUUAUUUCAUUUUAAUCUUUUUUUUUUUUUUUUUUUUUUUUUGGAAUGGGUAGUUUUUCACACAGUUUUUCAUCCUGAUUUUCAUUGUAUCGUGCCGUUCGUACCCGACAAUGUUAGUCCAGGUUAAUUUAUAGUUUGAAAUAUGCUUUGACGUUGCUGAUGUACAUGAGUAGAGUUUUAUAUAGCAGUGUGAGCUAUUUUGUAAGAAUCUUAGAGAGGAAGUGAUUUUCACAUACAGUUUAUUUUCUUUCCGUUAUAAUUUGGCAUUCCACAUCAGUUUUUUUUUGUUUUUUUUACAACAAUAGCAAGACAAAACCAUGUUUGUCCUUUGAUUUUCUUUUUCCACUCCCACAUAAUUUAUUUUUCCUCCCUCUGUAUUCAUGUUUCUAACAUAGAAAGGUGGAACUAACCAUUUGGCAUUGUGUCAUUUUAUUUUGUCAUAUUUUAUAAUUCAUAGCUUGUUUUCUUGCAAUGUACCUGUUUUGAUCAUGAUGAAUCCUUUGUAACAUUCCACCACAACAACCCCUCUGGGCAAACAUCUCCCACUAAGGGGAAAAAAACACAUCUAUUUCACAACUCUCCGUCUCUCUUUCUCUCUCUCUCUCUCUCUCUCUCUCUCUCUCUCUCUCUCUCUCUCUCUCUCUGUGCCUGACAAACUAUGCUGUUGAAAAAGGUUUUCAAUAAACAUGUUAUAAUAGCG